AUGACGGAAAUUGAAAAAAUCUCUGUAAAAAUUAACUUUACUGGUGGUCUAGCAAUCCAUGAAGGCAGCCCACUGGGGGAACUUCAUCGCUGUGUCCGAGAUGGUGUAAAAAUCAAUGUCCAUAUCCGCACUUUCAAAGGGCUUCGUGGAGUCUGCACAGGGUUUUUGGUUGCGUUUGACAAGUUCUGGAAUAUGGCCCUGACAGAUGUGGAUGAGACAUACAGGAAACCAGUAAUGGGCAAAGCUUUCUACGCAGAACCUCAGCUCACACUAACCCGGCUGUUUGACAGACUCAAACUGCAGGAGUCUUCAGUAAAGAAGGGAGCUGACUCAAAGACUGUCUCAGAGGAGCUAGCCCUGACAAAUGACUCUCAGACGUUUGGAUGGAAAGUUGGAUCAGGACGAGGGAGAGCAGAAGAUGAGCGUGAGAAACAGAAACGCUUGGGCAGAGCUGGAGAAAAGAAGAUGCCAGGUGACAGUUUGCAUCUGGCUGCCAGAGGUGAAGCUGAUGUGGGUAGCGGGACUGCCCACACGGAGGGUGCCAGUGCUGGUGGUACCCGUGCAAGAAGCCAGUCACGGAAAAAAAGGCGGCCCAAAGUGGAUUAUCAACAGGUGUUCACACGUCACAUAAACCAGAUUUUUAUUCGAGGAGAGAAUGUCUUGCUUGUCCAUUUAGCACAUUGACUUGACUGAGCCUUCGUCAGUGUAUUUAUUUGAUAGCAUGAAUUGCGGCUGCAGCUCUCAUUGCUAUUUAGCGUUCUCAUUAAGUAUGAUGGUACUGUGACUGGUUUCCCAUUACCGUAACAAGGUAGGGGAAAUAAUUCUAACUGGAGCAUCCUGAGCUUGAUACCAAAGCAGCCUCCUUAGAUCUCUGUUGGGGGUCUCAGGACAAGGUCAGUAACACAGUUGUUUCUGUGAGAUGAGGGAGGUAAGCACAGAUCCCACCGCUCCUUAAAAAGAAGCUAAAUGGAGAGGGCUGGAAGAGAAUUUUGGUGUACUCAGUUAUAGGAGCUAAUUGUGGCACACAUUUAAGGAGCUUAAGAUUAGAUCUCCACCUGAAAUGAAUCACAAAUGCUAUUUUGCAUGUUCUGAGUAAUCUCAAGAGAAGAUUGCUAAUGAAACCAACAGUUUAUCUGCUGUCGUUACAUGGAUGUAUCCUUUUCCAGACAUAAUUCUGAUGGUCAUUUUGAGAUAGUCCAUAAAAAGGUGGAGUGACAUACUACUGAUGCCUAUUAGCCUCUUCUUCAUAGUUAGCUCUGUAAUGCCCUGUGUGAUAGAAAACCUCUUAAUUGAAAACUGCUCUUUUUCUGUGAAUGAUGGCAGGACUUUAAUUUGUUUUCAAUAUGAAAGCUUAGGCUUCUGUUUGUAAUGCUGUGUUUUAGCCCUGUGUCACCAGCAAGCAGCUAAUGCAGCUGAUCCAGGGACCUCCAUAUUUGGAGCUUAUCUCUGAAUGUUGUGGAUGCAGAUGGAAAAUUUUACUUCUAUAUUUCACCCAUUCGCUACUUAGUGUAAUAGUGAAGUUUGCAAAGAUGUGGUUUUUCUUCUCAGAUUUAAGUGUUUGUGCUGAGCACAAUUGUACUGUAUCUAAGCGCCUUUCAAGUUCCCUCUAUUGAAACUAGAGGUGCUGUGUCUCCAGCAGUUCUCAUGGAGCAGAAAUCCUCAUGGGUCUUUCCUAUCCAUAUGAAUGAUGCAUCAUCUAAUUCCAGUUGAACUGAACUUUAGAGGUGUGCCUAAAAUUGUUUUGAAGUAUAAAAGUCAAACUCAGCUCAUCAGUGUUUUUAUUUUAGCAAGGUUCUUAAGCUACUGUAGAUCAGGCCAGGCUUCUGCAGGUAUAAACUGCUUUCCAAGACCUACGUGCAGAAUUUUGAGGGUAAAUGAAGCUAUUAUAUUAUCUGGUCUGUUCCCCUAGUUAUCAAAGGACACUAGAUUUCACACUGCUAUUCCUGUAUUCGUCUCAACUACCUUAUGCUUUGCAGCAGCUCCAUGUGUUUAAGAUGAAGUUGGGAAAUUGCCAGGGUAAUGGUUAGAUCUGACAAUGGGUAGAACAACUUUUUAGUGCUUUAUAGCAGGUCUUGUAUUACAUAUAGAGGUCGUAAGUCCUCAAACUGAGUGACUGUAAUCUCAGUGCCAUGUAUUCCUGUUGCUGUAAAUGCAGCAUACGGCUUGCUUGUUGUUAGGGAUAUGGCUGGUGCUUGGCUGAAUCACAGAAAUCAUUUAGCAGGAGUUCCUGGACAGACAAAGCAGCUGUAUGCCUCUGGGGGAGCCUGAAACUUUUAUGUCAACAUUUCAGAUGACACGGCGCUUGGGUGGCUGAUCAGCUCAGCCACUGAGCUGCAAACCCAAGUUCAGGCUGGGACAGAAGUGCCUCAGAGUAAAAAGUACUGUUGACGCAAAUCAGUUUCAUUAAGAGUGAAAAAGAAAAGAAAAAAAAAGGAAAGAAUAUCUGCAGUUUCUUAUUAUACAUAGCUUUAUUGCUGUAAUCCCUUCCUACUAUGAACUGAGACUAGGCACUGAAAAGAUUCUUCUCUUGGAGGUUCUUGUUUCCUUUCCUUUUGUGCUGUUCUUGUUUGUGUUCUUGUGGUCUGCAGUUCUUCCCUUGUUUUUUUUCCCUUCUCCUGUCAGUACUUUGUCUCCUCAGGACGUUCUAAACUCCAGUUUAGGAAGAUUGUUCUUGUAUUCACCCCUAGUUGUCCUGGCUUUCUGAACCUUUCCUGGUUGGCUUUCUAUGUGGUUGCCAACUGACUAGAACCCUCACAAAUUAUUAGAAACGUGUGAA